CAAAGGUCAAAGGAACUGUGAUAGGAAGUAGAAGAUUAGCCGCGACUGUUGUUAGCCGAAGUCGGCAGAUACACGACAGAGGCGUUUUUAUACAUGGUAUUGCUUUAAGACGCGGUAGCUUGUAAUUUAAACAGAUUUUAAGUAUUAAGCAACUGCCUGUAAACUGCUGGACGGUUUGAAUAUGUCUCCUAGGACUAAAAACCCAUGGGUUUCUGUGGGUGUAGCUCUGAUGAUAGCUAUCAGUUUAAAUUCGAUGUCAUAUACAUGGGCUCAGACAAGUACAUCGAAUACUACAGUAUCCUCGGAUUCUGAUGAGGCUUCGUCACCAGAUACUUUUCUACAAAGGCCAAUAGAUAAAGCAAUGGAUCCUCUGUAUAAGAUGACCAACUAUUUUCUACAACUGGUUAAAGGAAACACCGGCAUCACUGAGUACGUCGACGAGUUGGAAAGAAGUGGCUUGGAAGUUGUGAAAAGAGACAAUCAGACAGACUACUUUGCAACAUUACAAAGUUCAGCCUUUAUGUUAAGGUUAAGUACAGAAUGGGGUCAGACAGUCCAGUGGUUUAUUGCCUAUACAGUUUGCAUAGCAGUUGGUAUCCUGUUUAUGAUCAUCAUGCCUAUUGUUGGUUGUUGUGUUUGUUGCUGCCGAUGCUGUUGCAAGAAAUGUGGUGGAAAAGUAGACCCCAUGGAACCAAAGAAUGCAAAAUGUCGCCGAGUGGUGUUUGGGCUUGUGCUGGCUGUGAUAACCACACUCAUGUUGGGAGGAAUGGUGUGUGCCUUUGUUACCAAUGAACUGAUGCAGGAACAAACCAACCAUAACAACAAUGACACAGGACUUCUCAAUUCCAUCUCAAAAGAAAUUGGCAGAAUAGACGAUUACCUCUCAAACACUCUGACGGAAAUAAAUAAAACUGUAAUUGACAACUACAAUGGUGCAAAGGGUAGUGUAAUUCGAAAAAUAGAAGAUGCUGCUGACACUGCCCUGGCCAAAAUUGGAACUGAAACUAAUGCAUCUGAAGUGAUUGACAACGCCAAAAAAUUGGCAAAAAGUGUGGAUAACUUAGCUGCUAAUCUGGAGACUGUGAAAACUGAUACAGAGGCUUUAAGUAACCUGACUAUCCAACUUGAAGCUGAGCUGGCUGCUGUGAGACAAAACAUAAGUGACACCCUAAGUUCCUGUACUGUAGAAGCAGCAUGUAAUGCCACUGGGAGUCAGCUUGAUAGUUUACAAACAGGAGCAAAUUUUACAUCUCUUACAACUGAUGCCCUUAAGACUAUUACGGAUGCUCUUAAAGAAGUUGAAAAAGUGCAAAAUAAUAAUAUAUCAGCAAAAGUAGAACAGGGAGAACAGGAGUACAAAAACAUCAGUGUCAAAGCAAAAGAACAAUUGGACAAUGAAAUUAAUAACACGAAGGUAGAAUUAAAGAAGUUAGAUGAAAAACUUGGUGCAACCUUAGUAGAUUUGAGUGCACAAACAAAGACUUUUUCUGGUCCAGUAAAUAAUGCCAGAAAUUCCAUCACUAGUGCCUCUGAUGCAAUUACUCUGUAUGGGAAAUAUAGAUGGUAUGCUGGGAUUGGUCUGAGCUGUAUCCUACUUUUGAUUGUCCUGUUCAACUACCUGGGCCUGGCGUUUGGAGCAUGUGGUGAACCACCUGAUGAUGACGCUCACAUGUGUAACACUGGAGUAGGAGCAAACCUGCUGCUGGCUGGAGUUGGUUUUACCUUCAUCUUCUGCAGUCUGCUGAUGUUGAUCACUAUGAUUCUGUUUUUGGUUGGUAGUGUAUCACACAAUUGGGUGUGCUUGCCAACAGAUCCUGCAAAUCCUAAUGCAGAAGGUUACAAGCUUGCAGAUGGUAUCCUGGCUUCCAACAAUGUAAAAUUAAGUGUCAGCGAUGGAAUUAAGGGCUGUAAGAAAGAUAAGGCCCUGUAUACUGCCUUUCAGUUAGACAAAUUUGUUCCCAUUGAUGGACUGUUGGCACCUGUGACGGCCCAAAUUGAUGAUCAGAUUGAGAAGCUUAAGAGCAUUGACCUUUCCUCUGCCAUUGAUCAGAAUAUUACAAUUAUUGGUGGUGAACUUGAGCAACAAAUGAAUGACUUUUCCAAUGCAGGAAUAACAAACAUCUCUUUCUCUCAGUUUUUCGAUCAGACUGACAAAGCCUUAACAGCCAUAGACCUUGGUGCCUUUGCAGACAAUCUUACAGCACUGGCAGUUGUUCUUUCUCAGCAGAAUCUGACAACUUUGAAUCAGACUGCAGAGGAACUGGAAGGCCAUGCUGCUACACUAAGGAGAAUAUCGAAUAAUACUGUUAAUAAUAUGAAUUCCACGGUGAGAAACUUGAAACGUUCAUUGAAUGAACUAAAUGAGAGUACCAACCUACAGGAACAAGUGAAUGGCCUAUUAAAUCUUUCCCGUAAAGCAGAAAGCGCAAUAAAGACUAAAGGAAAAGAAAUCAUUAAGAAGACUAUAAAUGAAACUGCAGAUGCUGUCAAAGAAGUGUUGAAUAAAGCAAUCAAUUUUUCUGUUGAUCAAUUGAAAAACAAUGUAGGGAAAUGUAGAGUACUGUACAGUUCUUUAGAAACACUGCAUGGAACUGUUUGCAAGACAGUGCUUUAUCCCUUUAAUGGCUUUUGGUACAGCAUAGGCUGGUGCCUGUUCUUUUUCAUUCCAAGCAUCAUCUUUGCAAUGCUUCUUGCUGGUCAGUAUCGCAAGACAGAGGAAUAUGACCCAAAGCGCGAUGAUUUUGAUCAAAGUAACUAUGAGGAGGACUAUCAAGGGGCUUUUCCUGGGGACCAUAUAGCAUUAGAUGACAUGAGCAGGAGACGGGGAAAACAAGAGCGCAAUGGCGUAAGCAAUGCAGGAUAUGAUGACAGGAGAGGAGGAGGAGGAGGGGGAUAUCCCUAUAACAGUGGUGGUGGUGGUGGCGACCGCUAUGAUGAUAAUCGAUACAAGGGANUGUUUGUGUGGUUAGAGGAAUUUACCUCUACUGGAGAGGGAGCUUGGGUUUUAACGUUAACGUUGCUGAUGAGUGUGGUUGAAAACUGUGGUUUUGCCCAACUCGUAGAUUCUUCAGAAAUGCUGCACGUGUGA